UCGUGAACGCCGCUGUCCCUUUUCAACAUGGCGGCUGUAUGUACAGUGUGCAGUGACGCUCCGACUGGAGUCUGACUCGACUCUCGAUAACUUAGUGCCUCAUAAUAGUGUCUGUGAACAGCGAAAAGCUGGGGGAAUUUAUUCCGUCUCUUAAAUCUCCCUUUAUUCUGAAAAAGAAAACAGAAACAACACGAGCAUUUAAGCAAGCAUUGCGUCGGGGGCCUUUUUUCCCUUUUUCACCCUAGAAAAAAACCAAACAAACAAAGAGAAACCAAAACAGUCCAGCUGUUACUACAUUUAGGAUCCAUCAGAAGUGUCCAAUGGUUUGAUUGGGGGCACUUUCAUCCUUUUUUUUCCCCCCUUUUACUUCUUCAUGAACAAUGUGUGAAAACUGCGCCGAGCUGGUGGAGGUGCUCAAUGAAAUCUCGGAUGCAGACAGUUCGGACGGGCUGCAGUUGAAGAAGGACCAUGCCUUAAGAGUUUUCAGCUACAUCAGCACAUGGACACAGAGGCAGUGUCUGUGCUGCUUCAAAGAGUACAAACACCUGGAGGUGUUCAACCAACUGGUUUAUGGCCUCAUUAACCUGGUCAUCGCCCAGGUAACCAGUCUGAGGGACCACCUCUGCAGCACCCAUGGCAACAGAGAAGGUGAAGGGGCAGAGUCUGAAUGGAGCGCCACCCAUCCCCAGCCUUCUCACAGCGAAGACGAGCCCCUGAACGUGGAGAGAGACUCAGCAGAGGAGGAGGACGGCGGCGAGAACGGGGCAAGUUCGGCUGAAAAUCAGAACCAGAACCAGAGCUGUGAGUCACGGCCGAGCGGGAGCGAGGGAUCAGCGGAGGAGUGCAGCCCGGAUCUGUUCAGCUCCUGGAGCACAGAGGAGAGAGAAAAACUUCUGCUGUGUGCUGCCAAGAUUUUCCAGAUCCAGUUUCCCCUCUACACGGCCUACAAACACAACACACACCCUACUAUAGAGGACAUCUCGGCUCAGGAGAGCAACAUUCUCGGCUCCUUCUGUGACAUGAACGACGUGGAGGUUCCUUUGCACCUGCUACGCUAUGUGUGUUUGUUCUGUGGGAAACAUGGUCUGUCUCUGAUGAAGGACUGCUUUGAGACGGGGACACCGGAAACGCUGCCCUUCCCCAUCGCACAUGCCUUCAUCACCAUCGUCUCAAAUAUCAGGAUAUGGUUGCACAUUCCGGCUGUGAUGCAGCACAUCAUCCCCUUCCGCACUCAUGUCAUCAGGUACCUGUGUAAGCUGUCGGAUCAGGAGCUGCGCCAGAGCGCGGCAAGGAACAUGGCUGACCUGAUGUGGAGCACAGUGAAGGAACCUCUGGACAGCGCUCUGUGCUUUGACAAGGAGAGUCUCGACCUCGCCUUUAAAUACUUCAUGUCCCCUACGCUCACCAUGAGACUGGCUGGACUGAGCCAGAUCACGAAUCAGUUGCACACUUUUAAUGACGUCUGCAAUAACGAGUCUCUGGUGUCUGACACGGAGACGUCGAUAGCAAAGGAACUCGCCGACUGGCUCAUCAACAACAACGUGAUCGAGCACAUCUUUGGACCAAAUUUGCACAUUGAGAUUAUUAAACAGUGCCAAGUGAUCCUGAACUUCCUGGCUGCAGAGGGCAGACUGAGCACGCAGCACGUCGACUGCAUCUGGGCUGCUGCUCAGCUGAAGCACUGCAGCCGCUACAUCCACGACCUGUUCCCUUCCCUCAUCAAGAACCUGGACCCUGUGCCUCUCAGACACGUCCUCAACCUGGUGUCUGGACUCCAUCCGAGUGCGCACACUGAGCAGACCCUGUACUUGGCGUCCAUGUUGAUCAAGGCGCUAUGGAAUAAUGCACUAGCGGCCAAGGCGCAGCUUUCCAAACAGAGCUCCUUCGCUUCUCUACUCAACACCAACCUGCCAAUGGGCAACAAGAAAGGUUCCCCGGCGGCAAGUCCAGAGAGCAGCGAUAACAGCGACACUCAUCAUAGUGGAGGCAGUGACAUGGAGAUGGAUGAGCCGAUCAUGGGCAGUGGGAAACGUGGCCAGCAGAGGCUCUCUGACACUGAGGAGUCAAUGCAAGGCAGCUCGGACGAGACGGCGAACAGUGGUGAGGAGGGCAGCAGCGGGCCGGGGAGCAGCAGUGGCCGCAGCGAAGCCUCCAGCAACGAGGCCGAGUCGAGCCGAGCCAGCCAAUCAGCAGGCAGUCCUGGCAGCGAACUCCACUCCGAUAUAGCUGACAGCGAAGCCUUAAAGGAGGACGAGGAGGAGGAAGAUGACGAGGACGAUGAGGAAGACGAUGAUGAAGAUGACGAAGAGGACAGACCAGCAGCGGCUUCUGAGCGCAGCCCGCAGAAAGAACCGCGAGAUUCUCGAGACACGCUGACAUCGGAAGUCCGUAAACGGAAAGCUGGCGAGGCUCUUGGAGAAGUCCAGGGCCCUCCUGAAAGACCCGGAAUGUCUGGAGCAGUUGCAUCAGGUUCUAUCGGUCCUAGUCUUCAAAAACCCAAAACCUUGUCGUUCUCCUCCGAAGCCACCUCUGCUAUGGUGACCUCAUCGUCCUCUUCCUCCUUGAGAAUUCUGGACACUUGUUCCUCCUCCUCGGCCUGUUUAGAAGGAUCCUCAGAAGAGCGUAUUGAUCCUGCUUCCCUUUCUCAAGCGCAGAAUUCUCAGCAACAGCAAGGGAUGGGGCCAGAGAUGGGUUCUUCACACGGGGCGCCAAUAACCCAGGAGCCUCCCUGCUUAACUCGUGCCACCGACUUCCUCUCUGAAGCCAUGGGCAACGAACUGUUCAACUGCAGGCGCUUUAUCAACACGCAGCAUCACCACCAUCAUCACCACCAUCACCAUCAUCAUGAAGGUCACAUGGUUGAGGACAUGCUGAGUGCAGACGACGUGAGUUGCAGCAGUUCCCAGGUCAGUGCCAAGUCAGAGAAGAACAUGGCGGAUUUCGACGGCGAAGAGUCCGGCUGUGAGGAAGAGCUGGUCCAGAUUAACUCCCACGCCGAGCUCAGCUCACACCUCCAGCAGCAUCUGCCCAACCUGGCCUCCAUAUAUCACGAGCACCUGGUGCAAGGUCCUGCUGUUCAUAAACACCAGUACUCAGGCCACGCGGUGACGGACAUUAAUCUGGACAACGUGUGCAAGAAAGGAAACACUCUCCUGUGGGACCUGGUGCAGGACGAGGACGCGAUUCACUUGUCGGAGGGUUUGAUAAAUGAGGCGGAGAAACUCCUGUGUUCCCUCGUGUGCUGGUUCACCGAUCGCCAAAUCCGCAUGCGCUUCAUCGAGGGAUGUUUGGAGAACCUUGCGCACCACAGGUCCGUAGUGGUGUCUCUUCGUCUGCUGCCGAAGUUGUUUGGAACGUUCCAGCAGUUUGGCUCCAGCUACGACACUCACUGGAUCACCAUGUGGGCUGAGAAGGAACUCCACAUGAUGAAGCUCUUCUUCGAGGACCUGCUGCACUACAUCCAGGAAGUGCGGGAACAGCGGCACAAGUUCUCCCUGUACAGCCAUAGUGCAGAGGUGCAGGUGCGUCUGCAGUUCCUCACCUGUGUGUUCUCCACACUCGGCUCCCCAGAUCACUUCAGGUUGAGUCUGGAGCAGGUGGACAUCCUGUGGCACUGCCUGGUCGAGGACUCGGAGUGUUACGACGACGCGCUCCACUGGUUCCUCAACCAGGUGCGCAGUAAAGACCAGCAUGCAAUGGGCAUGGAGACCUACAAACACCUCUUCCUGGAGAAGAUGCCGCAGUUGAAGCCCGAGACGAUCAGUAUGACGGUUAAUCUGUUCCAGCACCUCUGUAAUUUGGCGCGUCUGGCCACCAGCGCCUACGACAGCAACUCCAACUGCGAGUUGUGUGGAAUGGAUCAGUUAUGGGGCAUUGCUCUCAGGGCUCAGUCUGCAGACAUCAGCCGAGCCGCGAUCCAGUACAUCAACUCUUACUACAUCAACGGUAAGACGGGUCUGGAGAAGGAGCAGGAGUUCAUCAGUAAGUGUAUGGAGAGUCUGAUGAUGGCGUCGGCCAACCUGGAGAAAGACCCGCACUCCAGUCUGACCAUCAUCGAGAGGGGUCUGCUCAUGCUCAAGACACACCUGGAGGCCUUCAGACGCAGGUUCGCGUACCACCUUCGACAGUGGCAAAUCGAAGGUGCAGGAAUCAGCAGCCACCUUAAGGCUCUGAGCGAUAAACAGUCCCUGCCGCUGCGUAUCGUCUGCCAACCUGCUGGCCUGCCGGACAAGAUGACGAUAGAGAUGUAUCCGAGUGAUCAGGUAGCUGAUCUGAGAGCUGAGGUGACUCACUGGUACGAGAACCUGCAGAAGGACCAGAUCAGCCAACAGGCCCAACUGCAGGAGUUCAACCAGAACACAAGACAGCAGGAGUUUCCAGGUGGUCUGAUGGGUCCAGUGCGAAUGAUCUCAUCAGGUCAUGAACUGACUACGGACUACGACGAGAAAACACUACAUGAGCUCGGCUUCAAGGACAUGCAGAUGGUGUUCGUGUCUCUGGGUGCUCCUCGGAGGGAGAGGAAGGGAGAGGGUGUGCAGCUCCCAGCCUCCUGCUUGCCUCCUCCUCAGAAGGAACACAUCCCCAUGCUGUUGCUCCUGCAGGAGCCGCACCUCACCACACUGUUCGACCUGCUCGAGAUGCUCGCCUGCUUCAAAGCUCCCGGUCCUGAGCCGUCCGAGCGCAUGCAGCACACCACCCAGAGCGUACGCUGUGAGGAUCUGCACCUGCAUGCGGAGAAUCUCUCUCGGCGUGUGUGGGAGCUGCUCAUGCUCCUGCCCACGUGUCCCAACAUGCUCCAGGCCUUUCAGAACAUCUCGGACGACACGGGUUCUGAUGGUCUUUGCUGGAAAGAUCUGUUGAGGAUCAAGUCGCCUCAUAAGCUGCUAUACGCUCUGGAGAUCAUUGAAGCUCUGGGAAAACCAAACCGCAGAAUACACAGAGAGUCUACGGGUAGUUACAGUGACCUGUACCCAGACUCGGAUGACUCGAGUGAGGACCAGAUUGAAAACAGUAAAAACUCAUGGAGCUGCAAGUUUGUGGCGUCUGGAGGUCUUCAGUUGCUGCUGGAGAUUUUUAACUCUGCAAUCCUCGAGCCCAAGGAGCAAGAGUCGUGGACAGUGUGGUUGCUGGACUGCUUGGCGUGUCUGCUGAAGCUGAUCUGUCAGUUUGCGGUGGACCCUACUGAUCUGGACUUGGCCUACCACGACGUCUUCGCCUGGUCCGGCCUCACAGACACGCAGCGCAAGAGGGCGUGGCCUGGGAAGUCCCGCAAGAGCACCGGGGAGCAUGGGAAAGGCCUGCACAUACCACGGCUCACCGAAGUGUUCCUCAGUCUCGUCCAAGGUACCAACAUGAUCCAGCGACUCAUCAAUGUGGCCUAUACCUACGACAACCUGGCGCACAGAGUGUUGAAGGCGCAGUCAGACCACCGAUCUCGUCACGAAGUGACUCACUACUCGAUGUGGUUGUUGGUGAGUUGGGCGCAUUGCUGCUCCAUGGUGAAGUCCAGCCUCGCUGACAGUGACCAUCUACACGACUGGCUGAAAAAACUCACCCUGCUCAUCCCAGAGACGGCAGUUCGUCAUGAGGCGUGUAACGGUCUGUAUAAACUGUCCCUGUCGGGGCUGGAGGGCGGGGAGUCUAUUAACAGAUCCUUCCUGCUGCUGGCUGCAUCAACGCUGCUUAAAUUUCUACCAGACGCACAGGCUCUCAAACCACUUCGAGUGGAGGAGUACGAGGAGGAAGCCGUGUUGCGCUCUGGCUGUAAGGAAUAUUUUUGGCUGCUGUGCAAGCUCAUCGAUAACAUCCACGUUAAAGAUGCCAGUCAGACCACGCUGCUGGACCUGGACGCUCUUGCCCGUCACCUCGCAGACUGCAUACGCAGCCGCGAGAUCCUGGAUCAGCAGGACGGGGUCGCGGAGGACGACGGUUUAACGGGGCUGCUGCGUUUAGCUACCAGUGUGCUCAAGCACAAGCCUGCGUUCAAGUUUUCACGCGAGGGUCAGGAGUUCCUGCGCGAUGUCCACGAUGUGCUCUUUCUGCUGCCCAGCCUCACCGACCGCCUGCAACCCAAGUGUAAGAGUCACGCGGCCCGCGCCGCCGCCUACGACCUGCUUACUGAGAUGCUCAAAGGCUCUGUGGACAACUACAGACUGCUCCACAACUGGGUCAUGGCCCAGCACAUGCAGGCUUCUCACGCGCCGUAUAAAUGGGACUACUGGCCUCACGAUGAUGUCCGAGCCGAAUGUCGCUUUGUGGGUUUGACCAAUCUGGGGGCCACGUGUUACCUGGCAUCAACCAUCCAGCAGCUUUAUAUGAUCCCGGAGGCCAGGCAGGCAGUCUUUACAGCCAAAUAUUCAGAGGAGAUGAAGCAUAAGACGACUCUACUGGAGCUGCAGAAGAUGUUCACAUAUCUCAUGGAGAGCGAGAGGAAGGCGUACAAUCCCCGGCCGUUCUGUAAAACCUACACCAUGGACAAGCAGCCGCUCAACACAGGAGAGCAGAAGGACAUGACCGAGUUCUUCACCGACCUCAUCACCAAGAUUGAGGAGAUGUCUCCUGACCUGAAAAAUACGGUCAAGACGCUGUUCGGAGGCGUCAUUACCAACAACGUCGUCUCACUGGACUGUGAUCAUGUGAGUCAGACGGCGGAGGAGUUCUACACGGUCAGGUGUCAGGUGGCCGAUAUGAAGAACAUCUAUGAGUCUCUGGAUGAAGUGACUAUUAAAGACACGCUGGAAGGAGACAACAUGUACACGUGCUCUCAGUGCGGGAAGAAAGUGCGUGCUGAGAAACGAGCGUGUUUUAAGAAGCUGCCACGGAUCCUGAGCUUCAACACCAUGCGUUAUACGUUCAACAUGGUGACGAUGAUGAAGGAGAAAGUGAACACGCACUUCUCCUUUCCUCUUCGCCUCGACAUGACUCCCUACACCGAGGACUUCCUGAUGGCCAAAGGAGACAGGAAGGAGGGUUUCCGUGACGACAGCGAAGGGAAGGAGGUGGAGAGUUACGAGUACGACCUCAUUGGCGUGACGGUGCACACGGGCACAGCGGACGGCGGCCAUUACUACAGCUUCAUCCGGGACAUCGUCAACCCCCACGCCUACCGCAACAAUAAGUGGUACCUGUUUAACGACGCCGAAGUGAAGCCCUUCGAUUCAGCCCAGCUGGCAUCCGAGUGUUUCGGAGGAGAGAUGACGACGAAGACGUACGACUCGGUGACAGACAAGUUCAUGGACUUUUCUUUUGAAAAGACGCACAGUGCCUACAUGUUGUUCUAUAAGCGUGUGGAACCGGAGGAGGAGAACGGCAAGGACUUCAGCUUCGAUGUUUCUCCUGACCUUCUGGAGUGGAUCUGGCACGACAACAUGCAGUUCCUCCAGGACAAGAACAUUUUUGAGCACACCUACUUUGGGUUCAUGUGGCAGUUGUGCAGCAGCAUCCCCAGCACUUUACCCGACCCCAAAGCUGUCUCACUCAUGACCGCCAAGCUCAGCACGUCGUUCGUCCUGGAGACGUUCAUUCACUCAAAGGAAAAGCCCACGAUGCUGCAGUGGAUUGAGCUUCUUACUAAACAGUUUAAUAACAGCCAGGCAGCAUGUGAGUGGUUUUUGGAUCGAAUGGCUGAUGACAACUGGUGGCCGAUGCAGAUUUUAAUCAAGUGCCCAAACCAGAUCGUACGACAGAUGUUCCAGAGGUUGUGUAUUCAUGUGAUUCAAAGACUGAGACCAGUGCAUGCCCAUCUGUACCUACAGCCAGGAAUGGAGGACGGGUCUGACGACAUGGACGCCCCCGUGGAGGACAUCGGCAGCCGCUCGUGUGUGACGCGCUUCGUCAAAACGCUGUUGUCCAUCAUGGAGCAUGGGGUGAAGCCUCACAGCAAGCACCUGACGGAGUACUUCGCCUUCCUCUACGAGUUCGCCAAGAUGGGAGAGGAAGAGAGCCAGUUCCUGCUGUCCCUGCAGGCCAUCUCGAUCAUGGUGCACUUCUACAUGGGUACUAAAGGUCCUGAGAACCCUCAGGUGGAGGUGCUGUCGGAGGAAGAAGGAGAGGAAGAGGACGAGGAGGAAGACAUCUUGUCUCUAGCGGAGGAGAAGUACCGCCCAGCCGCUCUGGAGAAAAUGAUUGCCCUCAUCGCCCUGCUAGUGGAGCAGUCUCGCUCGGAGAGACACUUGACUCUGUCUCAGAGCGACAUGGCGGCUCUGACCGGAGGGAAAGGGUUCCCCUUCCUGUUCCAGCACAUUCGAGACAGCAUCAACAUCCGGCAGACCUGCAACCUCAUCUUCAGCCUAUGCAGAUACAACAACAGGCUCGCCGAGCAUAUCGUCUCCAUGCUCUUCACGUCCAUAGCCAAGCUCACACCUGAGGCGGCGAACCCUUUCUUCAAGCUCCUGACCAUGCUGAUGGAGUUUGCCGCUGGCCCACCCGGCAUGCCCUCCUUCGCCUCCUACAUACUGCAGAGGAUCUGGGAGGUGAUUGAGUAUAACCCGUCUCAGUGUUUGGACUGGCUCGCUGUUCAGACGCCCCGUAAUAAACUGGCUCACAGUUGGGUGCUGCAGAACAUGGAGAACUGGGUGGAGCGAUUCCUGCUGGCGCACAAUUACCCUCGCGUCCGAACCUCGGCGGCGUACCUGCUCGUCUCACUCAUCCCCAGUAACUCGUUCCGUCAGAUGUUCCGCUCCACGCGUUCCCUCCACAUCCCCACGCGGGAUCUCCCCCUGAGUCCCGACACCACCAUCGUCCUGCACCAGGUCUAUAACCUCCUGUUGGGUCUGCUGGGCCGGGCCAAGCUCUACGUGGACGUGGCGGUGCACGGCACAACCAAGCUGGUGCAGUACUUCAGCUUCAUGACCUACUGCCUCAUCUCCAAGACGGAGAAGCUCAUGUUCUCCAGCUUCUUCAUGGACCUGUGGAACCUCUUUCAGCCCAAACUCUCCGAGCCGGCUAUCGCCACCAACCACAACAAACAGGCCCUGCUGUCGUUCUGGUACAACGUGUGUGUGGACUGCAGCGAGAACGUGCGCCUGAUUGUGCAGAACCCCGUGGUGACCAAGAACAUCGCCUUUAACUACAUCCUGGCUGAUCACGACGAUCAGGAGGUGGUGCUGUUUAACCGUGCCAUGCUGCCUGCUUACUACGGCAUCCUGCGCCUGUGCUGCGAGCAGUCGGCCUCCUUCACACGCCUGCUCGCAUCGCACCAGAACAUCCAGUGGGCCUUCAAGAACCUCACACCGCACGCCAGCCAGUACCCUGGGGCAGUGGAGGAGCUCUUUAACCUCAUGCAGCUGUUUGUGGCUCAGAGGCCAGACAUGAGGGAGGAGGAUGUGGAAGAUAUUAAACAGUUUAAAAAGACGACCAUCAGCUGCUACCUACGCUGCCUGGACGGCCGCUCCUGCUGGACCACUCUCAUUAGUGCCUUCCGUGUGUUACUGGAGAACGACGAGGACCGACUGUUGGUGGUGUUUAACCGAGGACUCAUCUUAAUGACUGAGUCCUUUAACACCCUGCACAUGAUGUACCACGAGGCCACGGCGUGUCAUGUGACCGGCGACCUGGUGGAGCUGCUGUCCAUUUUCCUGUCUGUGUUAAAGGCAACCAGACCCUACCUGCAACGCAAAGAUGUGAAGCAGGCUCUGAUUCAGUGGCAGGAGAGGAUCGAUUUUGCACACAAACUGCUGACGCUGCUGAACUCCUACAGUCCUCCAGAAUUACGGAACGCCUGCCUGGACGUGCUGAAGGAGCUGGUGCUGCUGAGUCCACACGACUUCCUGCACACACUCGUCCCCUUCCUGCAGCACAACCACUGCACAUACCACCACAGCAACAUCCCCAUGUCGUUUGGCCCCUAUCUGCCCUGCAGAGAGAACAUCAAGCUGAUGGGAGGGAAGAACAACAUUCGGCCUCCCAGACCUGAACUCAACAUGUGCCUCCUUCCCUCCAUGGUGGAAACCAGCAAGGGGAAGGACGAGGUGUAUGACAGGAUGUUGAUGGACUACUUCCUGUCCUAUCACCAGUUCAUCCAUCUGCUGUGUCGAGUCGCGAUCAACUGCGAGAAGUUCACGGAGACGCUCGUCAAACUCAGUGUGAUGAUGGCGUAUGAAGGAUUGCCACUGCACCUUGCCUUGUUUCCCAAACUGUGGACUGAACUUAGUCAGUCUCAGUCCACAUUAGCUAAGACGUGUGUGAAGCUGCUGUGUGAGGACCCUGCGUUCGGAGAAUAUAUCAAGUGUAUUCUGAUGGACGAGAGGACUUUCCUCAACAAUAACACUGCGUACUCCUUCCUCACCUGCUUCUUACAGAAGGUGCAGCCGCAGGUCUUGUCCGGGCCUAGCUGCGCUAAUCUAAUCAGCGUUCUGGUCACCAACCUGCUGAACGAGUACCACGCCCUGCAGCCUGAACUGACCAAUCAGAGCGCAGAGCUCAGCAAGACCAGCAGCCUCCUCAAUGCAGAUCUUCGAGCUCUGGUGCUGAUGUUAUCAGUACACACCCCUCAGCAGCUGGACCCUGCUCUCGGCCCCGCCCUACAGGAGCUGCUCAAUAAAUGCACAGCUUGCUUACAGCAUCGAUCCACACACACUCUGGAGACCAAAGCCAAAGUGGAGGAGGAAGGGGCGACUCCGGUAAAGCGGCGGCGUGUCAGCGGUGAUGUUGAUCAUCCAGCAGAGAGCAGCAGCACCCUUGUGAGCGGAGUCUGUCCCGCCUCCACCUCCUCCACACUGGUCCCCUGCUCGGAGCAGAAGGCGGAGCCUGCCGAGGCAUUAACGCCCAACAGCACGUCAGACACGGAAACCCGAGACUCGUCCCUCAUCGACCCAGGGACGGAGCAGGACCCGCCGUCUCCGGACAGCACCUCGACUAAAGAGGAGAAAAUGGAGGCUUCUACAUCAUCGUCGUCAUCAUCUUCGUCAUCAUCGUCGUCACUACCCGAAGUGUUUGGGCGGGCGGAGCCAAGGCCGGGGCCGUCGAUGGGCGGAGAAGAAGAGGAGGCCGAAGCAGAGGAAGAGCGUAAAGACACGAGGGACGUGAAGGAGUGCGAGAGAGAGAGCACCUCGAAUAAGACUUACUCCUCUUCCUCCUCCUCUUCUGCAGACGACUCCGCAGUGCUCCUGCUCUCCGGCCUGCAGGAUGCAGAUGAGGGGCGGAGCUGCAGCCUUCAAGAGGCGGAGUCUGGUAUGGUCGGCCACUCCCCCUCACAGGGAGCAUCGAGUUCCGGGCCAGACAUCCUGGAUGUCCUCCAGCGCACUGUGGAGGCCACCAUUGCCGUGGUUACCAAACUCUCCCCCGGGGCUAAAGGAGGUUCACGCCCCUCUGCCUCAUGAUGUCACUUCCUGUCUUUUUUUUUCCCCCCCUGAUUAUGCUUUCACACAGUGUUAAGAGUCGCUAUUAUGGGAGCUUUUGGAUGCUGGACAGAAAAAAAAAAUCGAAUUUAAUUGCAGUGAAUAGCAUCUACAGCACAUCUCAAAGGGCAAACAGAUACUUCUUUUUCUUUUUUUUAAUUAUGGUUUAUUCAUUCAUUUUGUGGUUGCUGUAACGAGACAGGGAAAGGUUUACAGAGUUUUAGUCCUUUCUGUUUCUAAUUUAAUUUGCAUUUUUAAUCGUUGUGUUGUUAUUGUUCUUGUCUCCUGUGCCAGUUUUGUACUUAUCAAAGCAAGGUGUGCAAUCGUCUUGCUAAUUUUUUUUUUUUUUUUUUUCCUGUGGUUGAUAUCAAAGCUACGUUUACCUGUACAUUUGAAUGGAAAAAAAAAAAAGAAAUUAAGAACCACAACAAACUUGAUUCUGUAAAGAAUCUUCUAGUUGUUGCCUGGCCUUGUAAAUGAGAAGAUUGAGAAGUUAAAUAUAUAUGUAAGAUAUAUGUAUACAGUAUAUAUAAAAGGGUAAAGCUCGUAUAUACUGUGUAUAUAUAUACAUACACAAGAAUCUACUGUGUAUAUACAUAUGCUGUAUAUGUAUAUAGACUUUAUGGUGCUUUAUCAGACACAGAGGACGUGUUGCUUGAAUAAAGCACACCUGAUGGAACUGUUGGAGCUAUAUUUUAUUUACCGAGAUACAUUCCAUAAUCUAAUGUCAUUCUUGCGUUUUUGUUCUUGUCUUGUUCCUGUUUUUUUUUUUUUCCUUUUGUUGGUUUUUCUUUUGAAUUUUGCCUUCUUGAUUUAUUUUAAUAAUAUAGGAUAACUUAAUAAAAUUUUAAUAUGAUUU